AUGUCGACUUCGAGCGUUAAAGAAGGAUGCGAGGCAAGCAAUACCACUGGUGGUGGUCUAAGUACACGGGGAAUGAGCUGCCGGCGGAACACGUUUUCAGAACGGACGACCGCUGGUGCAGUCCAAGACAGUGAGAGUCAGGAGAUAAUAGCAGGGUUGGGACUGCCCUUUCUUGCAAGAGUCACUAAAGGCCGACUGAACGUUUCCGAGGCAUCGAUCCCUGCGCCCCAAAGUUCCGAUAUAUCGGCACCAGGACGAGUCUUCAUUCCGGCUCACCAACCUUCUGUCGCACAUCCUUCUGACCCACUUCACGACCAUUCCAAAGAGGAGGCAGAAAGGGAAAGAGGCAUGACUGAGGCGUCUGAGGCUCUCCUAGAGACUCAGAAACAGUUGGACUCUCAAGCCAUAACUGAGCCGGCCUUCGAUCCCCAAGGUCCUAAAGACAUUGCUCCCCCGGAAAUCGAAACACAGUCUAAAGCUGAAGAAGCAGGCCCGAGUGCUGCAGAAGCCAGUACAGACCCGUUGACGAAAUCGGAGAACAUACCCGAGCUGGUUGUGGACACUUCCUCUAAAGCCGAAUAUAUUGAGCCCUUCUCUAUCCCCGAAAUUAGAAUACACAGACCCAGCGGCACGGUCAUGGCUGCUUCACUUGGAACAACGGCUACGAGUGGUGCAAGCGAGUCACCCGCUCCUUUUCAGGCAGCAACGGAACAAAGUGCGACCACUACACCACUCAAUGCUGCGUCAAACCCUGUAGGGGCAGUGCCAGCACCUACCAGUGUCCUCGUCAACCCUACAACAGUCACAAAUGCAGUGCCCGUCAAUGCAGUGACUUCAGCUCUGCCACUUGCCCUAUCUGGCUUGCCAGUGGGAACCAAGAUGGGUAAAAGAAAGAGAGUCAUCCAGAGAGUCCGCCGGGUAGUUGUCAGGAAGCGCCUCCUCGCUAUCAUUCUAGGCCGAGACUUGGCCAAUGCGGUCCACCCUCAGCUCAACGCGGCCGGGAAAACCGUGCCUGACGGUCCAUUGCCUUUAGAUGGACCUAGUGACCUGUCCCACAGCUAUGCGAGAUGGAAGGAGUAUAAAAGAGAUAUCCAACAAAGACAGAUGGAUCAGAAGAUCGCGAGCGCCAGGCUCCAUGCGGAAGCGGAGGACAUCUAUAGGUGCUUGAAGUGUCGAGGACUGACGAGGACAAAAUAUUUGCGGAGAUAUCACCGCUUGCAGCUCCAGAGGGACAGCCCUACCAUGAACGUGAUGCAAAGACAUGCAACUAGCAGGGCUCGAGUCGCACUAUUCAAGUGCAAGUGUAAAGGCCGGUUACCUGGAGCUAAAGGCGGUAAGGAGGCGAGAGACCCUGCUGUACCUGCAGCAUCACGGCAUCUACAAGCUCCUGCCGCCAAUGAGCCUCCUUUGCUAGGGCCCAUGGGGAACACUGUGCGUUGA